ACUCGCACUGUGCGCCGCUCGUCUCAGCUUCAUCUCAUUCAUGGAUAGAUUACUGCACAAACGCUUGGUGGAGGAACCGGAGCUCGACAAAAAGGAAUCAGUAUGGUGUAUACCACGGCUUUGCUCUUCGGUCACGGAGUCCCGGUGCUGCCCGAAGAAAACGGCGUCGUUGACCUGAUCGAGAAGUUUCUGUUCCCGAAGACUUCCACCGGCAGCAAGAUGCCCCCUGCCCACUCAGCCCGACGGGGGAGCGUGGAGAGCUACGAGGAUGCUGACAACCACUCUCUAUCUGGCACUUUCGAUACCACUCUAGAGGAGGAAGAGCGCCACCUGCAGCACAGCAUCAUACCACAACUGGAGCUGUGCCUGACCUCGGCCAAAUCCUCAGCUUUGCAAUGCCAGGCCCUCAUGCUCCCCUGUCACAUGACCACCAAGGUGUCUCAAGACGUGGUCAGAGCCUCCGCUGACGAACCCUGCGGACUCAGGGGGGCCUUCGUCAAAGUUUUUGUCGAGACCAAAGACGGGCCAAAAUUCCUGGGCGCCAUUCUCCCCGAUCCGAGCGUCACUCCAACCUUUGAGCUGUCCGUGUGGUUCAAAACGGAAGAGCGUGGCUGGCCCCCGCUGAAGCACAUUUUUGACCAGAGUAAAACUGUGAAGCUGAGACCAGAGUACAGGCUAGUUAAAAGGAAGCUGUACUCCUCGGCUAGUCCUGUUGUCCAUGAUUUCAACUAGGCCUGUCAAGAUAAUUUACAUGUUCAAUUCCAUGAUUUGUUGCUAGAAAAAUAUUGCUAUUAACCAUACUUUUAAACAAUUCAAAUAUUAACAUACUAAAAAAAUGUUCCCCCACUAGUGCUAAUACAAUACACAUCUUGAGCUAGAUUGCUGUAGUAAUUAUUAUGACAGGUCUACUUUAAACUAAACUUUGUGUACGAUGUUUACAGCAGUCCUUACACUGGAAAUGUUAUGUUUUUUCUGUGUUUUUUAUAUUAUUAUUUAAAAGUGUGAAUGUUGAAACCACAAAAGGUCAUUGUUUUUUUUUCACUGUUUUUUGCACGGAGCGGCUGAAUGUGGCGUGUGAUCAUGAAUGGGCAGGACUCAUUCUCAAAAGUGUUUAUUUAUGGAUUUGUAGAAAAUAAAUCCUUUUACACUA